CCGUGCGGUGUUUAGACACACAUUUCCUGGGAGGGGGGAGCUCCUAGAAUGCACCCUCCCUUCAGAAAAGGGGUUGGCAGCAAACAGGUUGGGGACGCUGGAAGACGCAUACAUCUUAGAGCGGCGGUGUAGCUGAUACGAAAAAAAAUGGGGAAUGACCCCUCUAGAGGUUUAAAGAUAUACAGACGUAUAAAGAAGAGACCAAUGACUGAGCUAGGAGAUUCCAGCUGUGAAGCCGGCAGAAGUAAGAAUGCAGCUCUGGGGUCUAAAAGAGGUUGCGAGACUGUAUAUAGCGUAUGUUAUAGAAGAGAUGGGUCUAUAAGAAUAGUAUUUUAUCGUUAUCCGCUUAAGGUGCAGCGGGAUUUUACACAAAGCAUUAAAGAAGAUGGGCUUAUAAGAAUAUUAUUACGUCGUCAUCCCCUUAGGGUGCUGCAGGAUUUUAUACAGAGAAUUAAACAAGAUAAGCCUCCAAAAACAGAUGGACCCGAGAGACCCUCAUUUUAUAAGAACAAAUUUAUGAAAGAUUUAAAGAGUAUUUUUUGCUGUUAUAACCGUAGCUAUGAUAAAAAAGGGGAAAAAGAUUCAGAAUAUUUGAUAAUAAAGAAGAUUCCUGUUGGAGUCGGGGCAAAUAUUGACUUUCCUGAUAUCUUGGAUAAAUUACCAAUACAGGAGACGAGUCCAGAUCCAUUGGAUAUUAUCUAUGACAACUGUCCGGUAGAAGAUGAACCCAAACAGUUUACUAUGUUUGUCAAAUAUAUGGGUGAUCGAACCAUUGUCAUAAAAGAUAAGCCUCCAAAAACAGAUGGACCCGAGAGACCCUUAUUUUAUAAGAACAAAUUUAUGAAAGAUAUCUUGGAUAAAUUACCAAUACAGGAGACGAGUCCAGAUCCAUUGGAUAUUAUCUAUGACAACUGUCCGGUAGAAGAUGAACCCAAACAGUUUACUAUGUUUGUCAAAUAUAUGGGUGAUCGAACCAUUGUCAUAAAAGAUAAGCCUCCAAAAACAGAUGGACCCGAGAGACCCUCAUUAUAUAAGAACAAAUUUAUGAAAGAUGAAAUUAAGGAAAAAAAUCCAGAAUAUUUGAUAAUAAAGAAGAUUCCUGUUGGAGUCGGGGCGAAUAUUGACUUUCCUGAUGAAUUGUUAAGUGUUCCUAUCCAGGAGACCGGUUAAAUCGAGGAGCAAGAUCUGAGCUCAGACACGUCAGGAGUGACCCUAUAGAAAGCAACGAUCACAUGGUCACCCGGGUGUAUAUCGCUCGGGUAUCACAUUGUGUAGGGUUCUUCAUCUCUGUGCAGCCAGAUUAAUUAAUAAAAUUGAUUGAAGUUAUAACUAA